AUGAAGGGCUCCUUUGAACUAUACGGUGCCGAUUUCAUGAUAACUGCAGACGAUCUUCGCCCUUGGUUGAUCGAGAUCAACGCCAGUCCUUGCAUGGCUCCUACCACCGCAGUGACUUCUGACCUUACGGCUCGUGUACUUGAGGAUACUCUUAAAGUCGUAGUAGAUAGACGUACAAGACGAAACUGCGACAUGGGAGGCUACAUUCUGUUGUACAAACAGAAAUCUCUUCUAUCAGGAAAUUCACAACGGGAAAGGGUUCCACGAACUGCUUCUCUGGAUAACUCGUUGCGACGACGUCCGUCCAAAUCCGCUGUGAGAGGGCCAGCAACUACAUUACCCUCAAUUGCGCGAUCCACAUCUUUGGAUACCAGAGGACCUUACUCCUCCAACGCAGCCACCACCGUCGCCUCUUUUAUCAGCGAUAGCACCGCUGCAAAAACUCACUCGACCACCGCCUCUAAGACCCUUGUCCCAACUACUAACCGGGAGGCGGCAGGAGAUGAUAGAGGCCAUCGGCGACCACUCACACAGGGAGAAGGAGGAGAAUUAAGCGAAAUCCAUGGUCUCAGUGUGUCUGGUCACAGCGCUCACCCUCGAGACACAAAUUCAACUUUAGGAACGCGACGGUCUUCCGCAAAACGUGUCCCAUUGUCAUCUGGAAAAUACGCGACGACUGUAACGUUGACGACGGCAUGCCCACUGUGGGAGGGCUUUACUGUCAAGCGCUCUAUCGCUGCGCUGUGCUUGAAGUCCUUUGCACGAGGUGGUGUCCUCAAAUUCGGGUUUUGUACCACUGUUGACGGGAUGCCUCGUUCGUUGCCGUACGGUAUUCUGCCAUCGGUGGCUGUUACCUUGGCUAACGACUCAGGACUAAUAAAAGACAAUUUUGUUGAGUAUUAA